AUGAUUGAUCUGCGGGAGUGUGUUACGCGUCAUAAGCAAACCACGUGGGUAUUUAGCGAGACGAUGGCGACACUUCAAAACGAGGAAAAGUUGCGACGGUGGCUGAAAGAUUAUGACGAGUCCUUUGGCCACCCCCCGCUGCUGGAGGCGGUGGAAAAGGUGCGCAGCAAGUUGGAACAGGAGGGAGGCGUAAGGGUGCUUAACCCGACUGUUUUUCAUGAUCCCGACGUAUAUUUAUCCCGCGGGAAAAGGUGUGAGAAGUUUCCAUUUCGAAGACGGAGCUCAGAAAAAAGAGGGAUGAAAAAGAGCGGGUCACAGAAAGCAUGA